AUGACGUCGGCAACUGACAGCUGUAUUCAGUUCACUCGACAUGCCAGUGAUGUUCUCCUGAACCUGAACCGUCUCCGAAGUAGGGACAUUCUGACAGAUGUGAUCAUCGUUGUAAACAGGGAGCACUUUCGAGCUCACAAGACAGUGCUCAUGGCUUGCAGUGGACUGUUUUAUACAAUCUUCACCGACCAGAUGAAGUGCAAUAUGAGCAUCAUAAACCUUGAUCCAGAAAUCAGUGCAGAGGGUUUCCGAGUCCUGCUGGAGUUCAUGUACACAUCUCGGCUUAGUUUAAGAGACAGUAGCAUCAUGGCAGUUAUGAGCACUGCACUUUACCUACAAAUGGAACAUGUUGUAGAUACCUGUCAAAGGUUCCUCAAGUCAAGCGAGGAUAUUGUGAGUUCUGUGAAGCCAUCCAGAGAGGACUUCUUGCAAGGCAGGACAAUGUUACCUCCAGAUGUUAUGGCCUACAGAAACUGCGAGAUGCCAGAAAAUACCGUAUCAGUUCGUAACACAACCAUUUGUGAUGGAAGGUCCUACAUUCCCAACAUUUACAGUGGAUCUCCAUCCUCCUACCCUCUCUACAGUCACAUUCCAGUGCAUGGGUUCCUAUUUCCAGAGGAUGAGGCAAGAGAUGUGCAAAUGACUGACAUGCAAAGAACCAGCAGGUAUCCCAAGGACAGUGUGUUACCUGGAGAAAAUUCAAGGACUGUAAUAGGAGAAUACAGGAAAGGUGUUUUGGAUAUAUCUGUAAAUAUGUGCCACAAUGUGUACUCUCCAAAGGAGGCAGCACUGGAAGACCCUCAUAGUGACUCUCACUAUAAUGUUUUGGCAGGCUCUCGGUCUGCUGGUCCCUCUGUUAGAAGCAGUCCAUACUACAGCUGUGACAAAGGGAAAGAGGAGGAGCGGACAUCCUCAGAGGAUGAAAUCACUCAGCACUUUAAACCAACAAACUCUCCGGUCAGUCGUAAGGGUCUUGUAAGCCCUCAAAGCCCUCAGAAGUCAGAUUGCCAGCCCAAUUCUCCUACAGAAUCCAGCAGCAGUAAAAAUGCCCGCAUUUCACAAGGAUCUGGUUCUCCAGUGUCCAAAGCCUUUACUGACCCAAAAGCUUGCAACUGGAAAAAAUACAAGUUGCUUAAUUCUCUCAACCAGAAUGAAAAAGGAUGUGCCACUCAAAGUGAAAUGGAAAACUUGUCUCCACAGUUCUACACAUCUCAAACAUCCUGUCAACAGUCAGUCAAGUCUGAAAACCUGGACAUUCAGACGUCACCUAAGCUUAAUGGGAACACUGAUGACUCGGCAGUAUCGCAGGCUAGCAAACUCAAUGGCAUUGUUAACAGAACAAUGGAAGGAUCACCCCUAAGCAGUGAAGGACAUUCCCCUCUCUACAUCCACACAUCUAAGUUCAGCAUGUUUUCAUCACAGUCCCCUCCUGAAAUGUGUCCCCCACACCCCUGGUUCUAACUUCGGAGAAGAGAUAACUGAGACUCGGUCAGAAUAUUCAGAUUCAAGCUGUGAAAAUGGUACAUUCUUCUGCAAUGAAUGUGACUCUCGUUUCUCUGAGGAGGGUUCCUUGAAAAGACACACUCUACAAAUGCACAGUGACAAGCCCUACAAGUGUGACCGCUGCCAAGCAUCAUUCCGCUACAAGGGGAACCUGGCCAGCCACAAGACAGUUCAUACUGGUGAGAAGCCAUAUCGCUGUAGUAUCUGUGGUGCACAGUUUAACCGGCCUGCAAACUUAAAGACCCACACAAGAAUUCAUUCUGGAGAAAAACCAUACAAGUGUGAGACCUGCGGAGCCCGCUUUGUACAGGUUGCCCACCUUCGUGCACAUGUGUUGAUUCAUACUGGAGAAAAGCCCUACCCGUGUGAGAUCUGUGGCACUAGAUUCAGACACUUGCAGACGUUAAAGAGCCAUCUUCGUAUUCAUACUGGAGAGAAGCCCUACCAUUGUGAAAAGUGCAACCUCCAUUUCCGCCACAAGAGCCAACUGAGACUUCAUUUACGUCAAAAACACGGAGCAAUCACUAACACAAAAGUCCAGUAUCGUGUGUCCUCCACAGAGCUUCCAGUGGAACUCCCUAAGUCUUGCUGA